ACACAGACGGACGUGAGUCCCAUUGUGUGUUUCCUGUCUGACCGUGAUUGGCUGAGAGACAGAGUGAUCCAGUGGGUCCAGAAAGAGACGCAGUCAGACCAGGUGUCCUUGAACGCAUCGUCAGCCAGCGGCCUCCUGCAGACCUACUUCCAGACAUACGACAACGGAGACUCGCAGCUCGACUCCAAAGAGUUUCUACGGUUCCUGAAACACAACGAGACCGCGUUGAACCUGACGUUCUCCAACACGCUGGAGACCAACCUGCUGCUCAGGUCUCUGUGCGUCGACGCUUUGAUCGAGCUGUCGGAUGAAAACGCCGACUGGAAGCUGAGUUUGUCGGAGUUCAUCAACUGUCUGACGCCGAGCUUCCAUCCGCCUGAGAGAAAAUGCGCUCUGGAGGACGAGGUGUUCGAGGACGGCGCUGAAACUCGGAUGGAGUGCAAUAAAUGUGUCUGUGCUUGUGGGAACUGGGUCUGCACGGCUUUGACCUGCAACGGAGAGCAUCAGGUGGUGGAGAAGAUUCAGGAAGGAGGAGAAGACGAAGAGAUGACCGAGGAGGAGUUCAGCCGGCGGGUGGCUGAGCUCAAUGCUGCUCAGGAGACCUUCGCCACAGAGACCUGAGGCCCCGCCCACUACACCUGCAGCAGCCAAUCAGCAGCUGAGCGGCCUUUAAAACCAGAGAAGAAGAAAACCUCAGAUUUAUAGAAUCAGAAACCUCUGCCGUCUACAUUAUAUCUCAGUGAACUGCUCAUUUAAUUAUAAACCUACAUUUUGUUACGCCUUGUUUUUAGUUAUUGAUUAUUAUUAGGACUGUAGUCGUCAUUGGUCGAUUGGAAAACGUAGCGGACGCUGCUAAGACCGGCCUAUUUAACUUUUACUGAAUGUAGUUCGUUCCAAAACAGGAAACUAGAAUCAUGGUGGAAAUUGUCAAACAUAGUGCGGUGGAUGGAAAAAGUUUUAGCAAACUGGAGCCUCUUUCAGUAUAAACCAAACAGGUUCAGGUGAUUCAAUACGAUGCCAUGCUAGCUUUUUGUGUUUAGCCCAUUUAAGCUAAUAAUGCUAACAGCUCACCGUAGUAUCAGGUAGAAAAGUCGAGUCCACCAAGAUUUUCUUUCCUCGACGACGACCCUAAAUUAUUAUUUUAUUUUUAUUUAUUGUUGAUUGUUUUACACGUUCCAAAGAUCGGACUUUGUUUUGUACUUUUUUGUUCUUGAAGAUUUCUAAGUCUUCCUCUGCUGUGUUUUUAAAAAAUAAAAAAUAAAUAAAAAUAAAUUAGCAAAGCUCCAAACACUAAUUUUGAAUUAAGUUUUUCAAAAUUAAUUAUAGAGGCUUGAAUUUGUUUUCAGAUGAUUAGUUUCACUAUGAAUGAAAUCCUACAGCUUGUGUUUUGUGGUUGAGAGGUAGAUAUUUUUUGUACACUCGUUGCUCUAAUAAACAUUUUUGUGUAAUA